ACCAGAUGUAUCCUGUGACUUCAAAAAUCCCUCACUGUUUUACUCUGCUUAAGGUUUUUGAGCGCUGUGCUGGAGGUUGGUCAUGUGGUGUUUUCAUUUUUCUUUCUCACAAAUGAGUUUAGAGAUGCUCUUUGUCUUCUGCAUCUACAACUCAAGCUAUUAUGAAAGCUUUAGAUUAUUGCAUACGCAAACUGAAACAGGAUUACCUCUUUGGAGCUAGAUAGACAAAAUUUAAUGUGGCUUGAUGGCUAUUCCUCUUUGAUAGUUUUUUGUAUUUGUAAGUAAUUUCUGGUACAAGUAAGCAAUCUGCUUGUGAUCUUGAACUAAGAACAAUAUUUCUGUGUAAAGAAAAGGGUGUAUUGUUGAUAGUCAGACUUGACCCAAAAGGCUAUUUAUACACAGAACUUAGUAAAAGAAGAUCAGAAUAACAUAUUUGUAGAGGAAUUAAAUUACUUAACAGCAGUUCUUGGUGGAGAAUGUACUAUCUUGAGUCCUUUGGAAAUGUUCCGUGCAUACCUAGUGUUUGUGGUAAGUUCUGUGCUUUGUACUGAUCUAGCUAUGUGAAGUCAAGCAGUCUGUCAGUAUGGGUGCCUUGUCUCUAGUUCUCCCAAAUGCUUUUUUAUCUAGUGGCUCCAAGUAUUUUGUAUGUAUUGUCUUGUAGCCAUACUCUACAAGUGGAAAAGCAGCUGUUUUUGGAGAGGGGAGGAAAGAAAGGGUAAAAUUGAGAACAUCAGUAGCUGUGCUUAAAUCUUGUAGAGGCUUUAGGCAUGAUUGACUUUACACAGACCAAUGUAGUCAUGUUAAUACUUGACUAUGUAAAUUAUACAGAACUUAUGAAAUAGAAGGUUUUUUGUAUGCAUGUUUUCUAAAACUGUAUUACUGGUCUUUGUGCAUGAUGAUAGUAACUCUUCUUUCAUCACAAGUUGGUGCUGUUUUGACAGUUAGAUCAAGAAAAACAUCCAUGAAUUAAAACUUGAGGACUAACAACAGUAAAGUUGUACAUAUGAUAGAUAUAGGUAAAGUUAUGCGUAUGUUAGAUAUAGGCUAGAUUGAACAUACUGGGGGGAGUAUUUUCAACAGUAAUUAAACAGAGUAAUCCUUGUUUGUCAGUCUCUUAUUAGAAGUUAGCUGUACUUAAGACUGCAUAAUUUUUAGAAGGACAAGGGGAAAUGGUUUUAAGUUGAGGGAAGGAAGAUACAGGUUGGAUGUCAGAGGGAAUUCUUUACAGAGAAUGGUGAGAUACUGGAACCUCUGGAACCUGAUGAGGCUGUCCAGAGAGGCUGUGGAUGCCCCAUCCCUGGAGGUGUUCAAGGCCAGGUUGGAUGGGGCCCUGGGCAGCCUCGUCUAGUAUCAAAUGUGGAGGCUGGUGGCCCUGCAUGUGGCAGGGGGGUUGGAGAUUCAUGAUCCUUGAGGCCCAUUCCAACCCUGGCCAUUCUGUGAUAAUUUUUAUCAGUGUACUAAAACACUGUAUUUCAAGAUGUUUCACUUUGUAGGUUUUGUAAUUGCUAAUUUUUAUUUGCAAUACUUCAGAAUACUUUAGGCAUGUCGGGAGAAAAUCUAUUAAGGCAAAUGGAUGGCUGAACACAGUCAUUGUAUUUUGUCUUUAACUUAAACAGAAUUAAAGUGCAGACUGGUUUCUGACUGAUACAAUGCAUAAUUCAUAUAUGUAUUCUGUGUUUAGGCUUAAUCAUAAAAAUGGAGCAUUACACAUCAUACAUAGGAUGUGGGAUUUCUGAGGUGCCUUUAUCUGAUACUGCUCAGAGGAUUAUGUCAGCUUUGCAGUCUAUUCCUGCAGGAGUUCAGACUAGCAGAAAAAAUAAUCAGAGUAAAGAGAAGACAAAGGAAGAUAAACUAGGUGAUAAGGAUGCAGGUCUGAAAAAUGAAAAGGCAAGCACUGAUUCCACAGUUGCCUUAUUAAAAUCAUCUGCCAGCUCUGAAAAAAGUACUGCUGGUGAGACAGUCAGGAUGGCACAUACCAAAGAAAUCCCGAGCUUCUACUGGGAAUUAGGCUCUACUGAAUGGGGAUAUAGAGAAAGAAACCUUACAGCAGAAGAAAGAAACAUGGCAGAUAGUGAAAAGAAUUUAGUUACCCCCCUUAAAAGAAAGCAAGAGGUACCUACGUAUUGUUUGGGAAAAAAAAGAUUACUUGUUAAGAAACGCAUUUCACAUGAGAGGAGAUAUAACUGGACUUCCAGACAAGCAGAGCAUUCUGAAAAUGACUUUUGUGAUAUCAGGAGUUUAGGAUAUGAAGAAAAAAGAGAAUUGAUUGCAAAUAUAAAAGAAGCAGUGGCUUUUGUAACUACCAUGAUAUUUCUAGAUGGUUCUUCACAGCUCAACUCAGAGCAGACCACCUUAGCCUCGUCAGUGAAGGGAAUUGUUGUAUUAGUGAAGAGUCGAACAGAUCGCCUUUGCUCUCUCAGUUUCUCUUCAACUGCCAGUACUUGCAGCACUGCUAGUCCAAGUGAUAAAUUCAUUUAUUUGGAAACUGAAUGCUCUUCCCUUUGGGAGCAAGAAGAACAGGCUCACAACAAAUUUGCCCGGCAAGUGUUGUUUCAAAUACUACGCUGCAAAGUUCCAGUUAUCUGCUUCAAUGCGAAAGAUUUCCUGAAGACAGUACUUCAAAUUUAUGGUAAUGGAAUUAGCUGGAAACAAGUUGCAGAGAGCGUCGUGUUGGAUCCAAGGAUUGCAGCGUGGCUGAUAAACUCCAGUGACACAGUUCCCUCUUUUGAAUGCCUAAUGCAGUAUUUUGAAAAAUCUUAUUCAGUGGAAACAGUAAAUACAGAUACAGGUGCUUUGAGAAAUUCCUUGCAUCAAAACUUGGUUAUGAAUUUGCAAAAACUUUAUACUAUAAUGAUGGGCCUCGCUCAUGAUUUACAGGUUCAAGGUUUGUGGAAAUUAUUUUGCACAUUAGAGCUUCCACUGAUCAAAGUUCUGGCAGUGAUGGAAACUCACAAAAUACAUGUGGACAAACAAGAACUGAAAAAAACAUCAGAGAUUCUAGGGUUGAGACUCAAAGAACUCGAAGAGGAAGCCCAUCAAAUUGCUGGAGAACGAUUCCUUUUGACCAGCAGUAGUCAACUUAGAGAAGUACUGUUUGAGAAGUUAAAACUGCAUACGCUGUGUGAAAAAAUUCCCAGAACUGAAAGACAGCAAGUUGCAUCCACCUCAGAAGUUGUGCUCAGUAAGUUACAAGAUCUUCAUCCUCUGCCUAAGCUUAUGUUAGAAUACCGGCAGGUUCGUAAGAUGAAAUCAACCUACGUGGAUGGGCUAAGAACAUGCAUGAGAAAGGGAUUUAUUUGCCCUACAUGGAAUCAGACAGGAACUGUGACUGGCAGACUUUCAUCCAAACGUCCAAACAUUCAAGGUAUCUCUAAACAUCCAGUGAGAAUUAAAAAGAAACAGUACAUAAAAGGAAAAGAGGAGGAAAUAGUAACCAUUUCCCCACGAGCACUAUUUGUUUCAAAGAAAGGAUAUACGUUUUUAGCAGCAGAUUUUUCACAAAUUGAAUUAAGGAUCCUUGCUGACUUAUCAGCUGAACCAGAACUGUUGAAACUAUUCCAAGAGCCUGAAACCACUGAUAUAUUUACCUCAUUGGCUUCUCAAUGGAAGGGCAUUCCAAGUGAACAAGUGAAACAAACUGAUAGAGAGCAAGCAAAGCGUAUCGUUUACUCAGUGGUUUAUGGAGCAGGUAAAGAACGUCUUGCAGAAUGUUUGGGAAUUACUCCUCUUGAAGCUAGUUGCUUUAUAGAGAGUUUUAUGCAAAAAUACAAGAAAGUACAUGAAUUUACCAAGAAAACCAUUGGACAAUGCCAAAAUAAAGGUUAUGUGGUUUCCAUUAUGGGACGCAAAAGACUGCUUGCUAAUAUCAAUUCACAGGAUUACAAACUACGCACUCAAGCAGAGAGGCAGGCUGUCAAUUUUGUUGUUCAAGGAUCUGCAGCUGAUCUUUGCAAAAUGGCUAUGGUUGAGAUUUUUACCUCUGUUGUGGUUUCUCCAACUUUAACAGCCAGAUUAAUUGCUCAGAUUCAUGAUGAGUUGUUGUUUGAAGUAGAAGAUUCCCAAAUCCAGGAAUUUUCAGCACUGGUGAAAAGAACAAUGGAAUCCCUUCAGCAAACCACAGCCUUGGAAGUGCCACUGAAGGUUCCCUUGAAAGUGCUUCUUACCACUGGGAAAUCAUGGGGGUGUAUGACAGAAUUGCAGGAGAUGUAAAACAGUCAUCGGGGAUGUUAUUCAGUACCCGUACACCUCAUUGGCCUGUGCUGAUUCCUCACUGAAUCACUAGGCAACAGCGCUGCUGGAUCUUUCAUAAGCACCUAAUACUCUGCAUGUGAAUUUUUUUACUUCAUUUUGUCUGUAGCCCUAGGCAACAGCAGUGAGAUAAAACUGGAUUUUACCAGUUCAUUGUGUUUCCUUUAGCCAAGGUAACCAGCAGGGAGCUGCUUUUGUUCAGAGCUAAACUGCUACAUGCAAGAAAUGAAGCAAGACAACAUUAACCCUUUGGGAACACGACAAAUAUAUUUGAGUUAAAUGCACGUUUUGAUUAUAAUAUUUAAUAUUUGGCGAAGUGCUUUUGUAAAAAUACAUAUAAUCUAGAAUUAGAAAGACACUAUUUGAAGCUGCUUAACUGUUGCAUUCAGCUUAUUCUGUAAUUUGUAAGUAAAUGGCAGCUGCUGAAUGUCUUUUUUACAAAGACUUAGAAAAGAGUUACUUGUAAGUGAAGAGUUUUCACUUUACUUUGUAUUUAGGAUUUUAGAGUAAAACAAGUAAAUGAAAACUGCAUUAAAUGUAUUAAAAAUAGCCAGAAUGUUGUCAGUUGUAUUAAUUUCAAACUCAGAUUGUACACUGUAGCUUUAGCAUACUUUAGAGGAAGUAUUUUAGUUUUCCCUGAUUUAUUAUUUUUAUUAUUGAUAUAAUACUAAAUACAGUUUAGAUAAAUGUUGAGAUUCAGACUUACACUUUAAAGGAUUCAAGCUGCUUCUUCAGUGUUUGAAUUUGUUAUUGAUACUUCAUUGUUCUGUAGAGUUCAUUCUUUAAGUAAAUUUGUUUUAUAAAUAUUUACUGUUUGCCAAAUUC